ACUCUUACUAUCUUUCUUGAAUCUCUUAACAACAAAUACUUGCAAGAAAACUCUCAGGACCAUGUCAACACCGAUUGCUUUAAUGGCGUUAGGCUUAGUAGCAGCAUUUGUGCUGCUCUUUCUGUGCAUCUACUUCUUAACAGAUUGGUGCAGUCCGAGGAAAAGCUCUCAUGGAGAUGACCCCGAAGUUGGUCUGCCUCAGCCUGUUCGCAAUCUUCCCCAUAAAGAUGAAGAAUCAUCCUUGGCAGACCCUGUUGCUGUCCAAGAAACUCCAACGGCUGCCAUUGCUAGACUAAAAAGUUUUCAGACAAGCAUCUUUGCUUAUGAUGAGCUAGAGAAAGCAACAAAUGGUUUCUCUAAUAUCCUUGGUGAGGGUGGUUUUGGUCCAGUCUUUAAAGGAGUUCUUCCAGAUGGUCGACAGGUUGCAGUUAAGAAGCUUAAAGCCGGUAGCAAACAAGGAGAUCGUGAAUUUCAGGUUGAGAUUGAGACCAUCGGCCAUAUCCAUCACAGAAAUCUUGUUAACCUGAUCGGAUAUUGCAUCGACCUAGCAAAUCGGUUGCUUGUCUAUGAGUUUGUUCCCAAUAACUCAUUGAAAACUCACUUACAUGGAAAUGCCAUAUCAGUUAUGAACUGGCCAACCAGAAUGAAAAUCGCUAAAGGUUCAGCUAAAGGAUUGAAAUAUCUACAUGAAGACUGUAAACCCAGGAUUAUACAUCGGGAUAUCAAGGCUGAUAAUAUUCUUCUUGGAGAUGACUUUGAACCAAAGCUUGCAGAUUUUGGACUUGCAAAGUAUUUCCCUGAUGCUGCUACUCAUGUCUCCACAGACGUCAAGGGAACUUUUGGUUAUUUGGCUCCUGAAUAUGCCUCUACUAGGAUGCUUACGGAUAAGUCUGAUGUCUACUCAUUUGGUGUAAUGCUUCUGGAAUUGAUUACUGGGAAACUACCUGUUGACAUUAGUUGCUAUGGACACACUAACAUAGCUGGUUGGGCGAAGACUCGGCUCAGACAAGCUUUGAACAAUGGCAACUAUGGUGAUCUUGUUGAUCCCAAGUUGCAGAAUGAGUAUGACUACUUAGAUAUGACCCGAAUGAUAUUUUGUGCUGCAGCCUGUGUGCGUAAUACUCCAAAUCAUCGCCCACGAAUGAGUCAGGUAGUUCGAGCUCUGGAAGGGAUCAUUUCUCCAAAUGAUCUUCUGGAAGGGAGUCACACCUGGGCUACUGAGACUGAUGAAACACCACACUACUCUAUGGGAAGCUCAGAUUACACUCAAAGAAUAUAAUCCAGCAAACCAGCCAGGUAAAUUGCCCAACUGGUACCAAAUCUUGGGACUGUAUAUCAAUUUGAUAUUAUAAAUUUAAUUUGAAUCAAAAUGGUACCAAAAGUACAAAAAAAAUUAUCAAUUUAGUCAAAGUGUCCAAUUUCCGACAACGGAUGGUGACGUGGCAAGUUGAGAAGGUAUAUUCCGAUUGUUUCGCCCUCUCAGCGUAUGCCACGUCAAUUAACUUUGUUUCCUCAGCUUGCCACGUCACCAUCCGUUAUUAGAAAUUGGAUAUUUAGACUAACUUGAUAUACGUUUUUAUACUUUUAAUACUAUUUUGAUUCAAAUUAAAAUUUUAAUAUCAAAUUGAUAUACAAUCCUAAAGUUUGAUACCAGCCGGGCAAUUUACCCAAACCAGCCCUCGCAUUCCGUUUUUAAUCCAUAUUAAAUAAUACAAUUAAUUAUGUUUGUCGUAUCAUCAUUUAGACCCUCCUUUUAUCUUUUGCAUUUCUGCAAAAUUAUUUUCAAUUCGAAUGAGUAUUUUAUUUACAUGUA